GGCGGCCGGGCGAGCGGGCCCUCAGCGCCGGCCAUGGCGGUGUCCGUGCCGGGCUACUCGCCCAGCUUCAAGAAGCCGCCGGAGACGCUGCGGCUGCGGCGGAAGAGGGCCCGGAGUGGCGGCGACGCUGCCGCCCCGUCCCCUGCGCUGCCCGAGCCGGCGCCCCGCCGCGCCGCCCUGGCCGCCGGGCUGCCCCUGCGCCCCUUCCCCGCCGGCCCGGGCCGGAGCGGCUUCUCCGCCGCCGCCCGCCGGAACCCCUUCGCCCGCCUCGACAACCGGCCACGCGUGGCCGCGGAGCCGUCGGACGAGGCGCCGGAGCGGAUUUUAGAGUCUGUCCAAGAAAAUGACUUGCAGUGGGAUGAGAUGAGUCCUGAGAGAGCAGCUCUGACCGGAUUUCCCCAGACUCCUCAAGUGUCCCUCUCCAAGGCUGAUAGUCCAUCCGCAGAGAGUGCGGAGUUACCUGUGGACUGGAGUAUCAAAACUCGACUCCUCUUCACCUCGCCUCGACCCUUCACCUGGGCCGACCAUUUGAAAGCACAGGAGGAAGCGCAGGGCCUUGUCCAGCACUGUCGGGCGGCGCAGGUUGCUCUGCCUCAGAGCAUACAGGACCCUAAGCUAUGCACUGAGCUGCGUUGUGCCUUCCAGCAGAGCCUUGUCUAUUGGCUCCACCCUGCCGUGUCCUGGCUCCCCAUGUUCCCCCGGAUUGGGGCAGAUAGGAAAAUGACUGGAAAAGUGAAUCCAUGGGCAGAGGAUGAGACUCUGCAGCACAUCUCAAUGAGUGACUGGUCCGUAAGCUUUACUUCUCUGUAUAAUCUACUGAAAACCAAGCUCUGCCCCUAUUUCUACGUUUGUACCUAUCAGUUUACUGUCCUGUUUCGAGCAGCAGGAUUGGCAGGAAAUGAUGCCAUCACAGCUCUCAUAUCCCCCACAACCAGAGGAUUGAGAGAAGCUAUGAAAAAUGAAGGUAUUGAAUUUUCUCUUCCUUUAAUUAAAGAAAAUGAGCAAAAGAAGGAAUCCUCUGGAACAAGCUUGGGACAUGAGGAGGAGCAACCAGUGAGUGAUGAGGAUGAAGAAGAAAGCUUUUCCUGGCUGGAAGAAAUGGGUGUGCAAGAUAAAAUUAAAAAGCCAGACACACUGUCCAUCAAGCUGCGUAAAGAGAAGCAUGAAGUACAGAUGGAUCACAGACCCGAGUCUGUUGUUUUUGUGAAAGGAAUCAACACUUUUACAUUGCUCAAUUUUUUGAUCAACUGCAAGAGUUUAGUUGCUACCUCAGGUCCACAGGCAGGACUUCCACCAACGCUGUUAUCCCCUAUAGCUUUCCGAGGGGCUACAAUGCAAAUGCUAAAGGCACGAAGUGUGAAUGUGAAAACUCAAGCUCUUUCUGGAUACAAAGAUCAAUUUAGCUUGGAGAUCACAGGUCCUGUCAUGCCUCAUGCUCUGUAUUCUGUGACUGCACUCCUCAGAUCUUCCCAAAAAGGAGCCUUCUCUGCAGGACUAUACCCACACGAGCCAACUGCUGUUUUUAAUAUCUGUCUUCCCGCGGACAAAGAGGUGCAGAAGGAGGUGGUUCAUAAAGAGCUUGCAAACUGUGGGUUGCAUUUGAAGACUGUGGACCAACUUAGUCAAAUACCUUUGCUUGGAAAAUCAUCUUUACGGAAUGUGGAAAUGAGUAACUACAUUUAUAGUUGGAGAUCCUGACAUCAAAGUAAGCCUAAAAGGAAUCUUUGAGGAAAACAAAAACAACCUAGCAAAGAAAUUCAAGAUUCUUUGGCCUUACAUUACUUUUGAAAACUAAGGAUUUGCUAAAAAUGCAGAAGUGUUUAUAGAUGUUACUUUUAUUACAUGCACCGGGCUAUAGGACUGAGGUUUGAAGUCAAUAUUUGUUUUAUUAUGAUGCUGAAUUUCCAGAUUCUGAGUGCAAGUUAAACGUUGGGAAUUGUUAAAUUGUCACCUGAGUAGAAAGCAUCAUUAAUUCCUUACAAAUGGGGCACUAAAGUAUGGCAGUGAUGUCACUAGUGGCUUCAGUGCAAACCACUGCUCUCCUGUACACUUCCUUCAACUCUUAGCAUCGACUAAGCUGACUCUUGAUGCCUCUAUUUUAGCUCUUAAGAUGCCGAUUUAUAAUUCCUCUCUU